UCUUUUCCGUGCUGGUCAUCCUAAUCGGCUCAAUAAACAAUUCCACAGAUCAGAGGGGGGAAAUUAAGAAAAGGGUUGGGGGGUCUCCCUUUUUCCUUGUAUUGUUUGUUCUCUCUCUCUCUCUCGAUCCUCCUCCUCUUCCAAUUGGAGCAAAGCGGCAGCGGGCGAUCAGAGGCGAGGUGGAAAGUCCGCUUUCUGGAGCACCAAUAAGAUAAAGAUCGCCACCAGCUCGUUCCGGACCUCCGAAUCGGCUCGAGGCCUUUUGAUCGAAUCAAGCUUCGCAGUUGAUUUAGGCGCUGGGACCGUCUUCUUUGAUUGCGCCGGAGACGCCAGUCUGACGAAUUGAGAGAAGCAAGGUGGAAAAUUUUUUACGUUUUCGGUUUCAUCUGUGCUUGGUAAUGGGUCUUUGUGUAGAGAAAUUUCUCCUCUUGUUGUGAAUGUCUUUAGGUCAUGACGAAUCCAAUGUGGAACUUGUCAAGGAAUUCGUCGUAAAUUCCCUUUAUUAUCUAAUGCACGAUGGUAAAGUAAGGCCUGUGAGGCUACAAGCAGUGUCUGCCAGCCAAAUAACCCCUUAUUCAUAAACGAUUUGUCCUCAGACACAUUCUCAAGGGCCCCAUACUCUGUAUUGUUCUCCGACUCAGUUGCCUGCCUGCAAGCAUGAUUAAACAGAUACUAAACCGGCUCCCCCGAAAGCCAUCAAAGUCAUCGGAUAGUCGUGAUUCAGUUACUGGUCCAACUCCUCCAUCAUCAUCAUCUUCAAUCAGCUCAAGAAAUGGGGACUUGCAAGCCGGUAGAAUCACAAAUCUUAGUAAUCAGAUCCCUCCUGGAUCGAGUCCUGGGAUAAAUCAACUAAACAAGUAUGCUCCAGCUGUUAAUUCGAGGCCGAAUGGCAAUUAUGUGGUCCCAGUUUAUGAAGCAUUGCCAAGCUUUAAGGAUGUCACAAGUUCUGAGAAGCAGAGCUUGUUCAUGCGAAAGUUGGAUUUGUGCUGUGUUGUGUUCGACUUCACUGACCCGGCAAAGAACUUGAAGGAGAAAGACGUAAAACGACAGACAUUGUUAGAGCUUGUUGACUAUGUGACUUCAGCAAGUGGAAAGUUUCCAGAGAAUGUCAUGCAAGAGACUACCAAGAUGGUGUCCAUCAACUUGUUUAGGAACCUGACUAUUCCACCUCGAGAGCACAUGGUUUUGGAAAAAAUUGAUGCAGAUGAGGAAGAUCCGGUAAUGGACCCUGCAUGGCCACAUUUACAGAUUGUCUAUGAGUUCUUUCUGCGGUUUGUUGCAUCUCCAGAGACUGAUGCUAAGCUGGCCAAGAGAUAUAUAGAUCACUCCUUUGUUCUUAAGCUCCUUGAUCUCUUGGAUUCUGAAGACCCUAGAGAGAGGGAGUACCUAAAGACGAUACUUCAUCGAAUUUAUGGUAAAUUUAUGGUGCACAGGCCAUUCAUUAGAAAAGCCAUUAACAACAUUUUUUAUCAGUUUAUCUUUGAAACAGAAAAGCACAAUGGGAUUGCAGAGCUUUUGGAGAUUUUGGGAAGUGUUAUCAGUGGAUUUGCAUUGCCACUGAAGGAAGAGCAUAAAUUGUUCCUUGUACGUGCUCUAAUCCCACUUCAUAAGCCAAGGUGCAUUGCUAUGUACCAUCAGCAGUUAUCAUAUUGCAUAACUCAAUUUAUUGAAAAGGAUUGCAAACUUGCGGAUACUGUUAUAAGGGGCUUGUUGAAAUACUGGCCUAUCACAAAUAGUUCAAAGGAAGUCAUGUUCUUAGGAGAGUUAGAAGAGAUCCUAGAAGCAACUCAGCCGGCAGAUUUCCAGCGAUGUAUGGUUCCACUGUUCCGCCAGAUUGCUCGCUGCUUGAACAGUUCUCACUUUCAGGUGGCUGAAAGAGCAUUGUUCCUUUGGAAUAAUGAUCAUAUAGAGAACUUGAUUAAACAAAAUAGCAAGGUUAUAUUGCCUAUCAUCUUUCCUGCAUUGGAGAAAAACACGAAGAGCCACUGGAACCAGGCUGUUCAGAGCCUUACACUCAACGUCCGCAAGAUUUUCACUGAUCAUGAUCCUGAUCUGGUUUCUGAGUGCUUGAAGAAGUUUGAGGAAGACGAAGCUAAAGACAAGGAAAUCAGGUCGAAAGGGGAAGCCACAUGGAAGCGCCUUGAAGAAAUUGCUGCCUCAAAAGCUGCAAGCAGGGAGUCUGCGAUUGAUCCCCGAACCAUACCACAUCAAGUUCUGUCCGUUUAGUGCCAUUUCUAUGUGGUCCUCGAGGAUCGAGAAGUUAUCACACAGUCCGUGGGACGUGCUUGAAAAGAAUAUUGAAGCAGCAAAAAGUUUUUAGUCACUACAGGAAGACCAUGACCGAUAAAUUUCUGAUGCUUUUGGCUGUCAAUCUAAAAGUUGAUGUUAUUAGGGAUUUGCAGGCAAUUGCUUUACCCAUUAGUGUUUUCUGGAUUGUUUAUGGCUAGUAUUUCUCAUUGCAGUCUCCAUUUCGUUGUAAAUGAGUCCUGAUUAAGGUCUUGAAUGAAUGUGAUACCUUAUUAGUAGUUGAUAGUUCAAGAUAUAUUGUCUUGUCCAUCAUCUUUGUACAAGGAAUCGGAUUGCUUAACGUGCAUCGAGGAAUCUGUUCUUUGUUUUGAA